AUGAUGCUCGUACACAAGCCGCCAUCAUUCAACAUCGCCCCAACCGUCCCCCAUGCUCACCGCCGCCAUCCCUCAGCUCCCCCCGCCGUCGUCGUCCAGCCAACCAAGACCCCAGGCCUGCUGUCCAUCUCGAAGCCGGCCCGCACGACGCACAACCGCCACAUGAACUCACACCAGCGGAGGGAGAACAACAACGCUAAGGCGCCCUCCAAGACGGCAAAGUCGCAAGCGCAACCGCUGGUGGCCCGUGCACCAGCCUUGUUGAACCCGGCUGAAAUCUCACACAAGAAGCCUGCGCCGCCCGCUCUCCAGGAUCCAGCGUCGCCCACCCCGCAGCAGCGUGGCCGUGGGUCCAAGCACGCUCGAGAGAAGGCCCAGCAGCAGAAGAGAACGCACUCGCAAUCCCCUGUACGCGGCAAACACUCACGCCAACCAUCUCCUCCCGUAGAAAUCCAGAUUCAGCAACAGUCCUUGCAGGCAGAGGUCAAAUUCCCCUCAUCCAACCAUUUCGACCCUUUCCUCGAACAGCUCUCAGGCGCAAUGCCAACCCCUUCUCCCUCUCCCAAACAACAGCACAAACAGAACCGCAAGCAGCAGCAACAGCAAUCGCCGCCUGUGUCAGAGUCGAUCCCAGUUACCAGGAUCGUCCGCCCCAAGCCUCAGAACAUCUCCCGCUAA